AAAGCUGACAGAUCUGGAACAAGGUAUCCCAACCGUAACACCCUUGUAUUUGGCUGGUGAAAUAAUUUGUUACUCAAAAUGGCAUCGCUGGAAGGAGUAAACCAGUCAUUGUUCACACAGAACAACACGGAAGAUUGGAAUCUUAUUGAAAACUUUGCUUUCAACCUGGAAACUGUCUAUCUGUGGAUUAUACUUGUCAUAGGAGUCCCUGGAAAUUGUGCUACUAUUGUUACCGUUGUGAAAAUGUGCCCAGCCAGAUCCCUUACUGUGUAUAUUACCAUCUUGGCAAUAGUUGAUAACCUGGCCAUUGUUGACAAACUUCUGAUGUUUGUACUCCUGGAUCAUGGGGUUCACGUUGGGCAGUUUGGAUGUAAAACACUUGGAUACUUCGGAAACCUCCUUAGCACCUUUGCUAAUUGGUUGUUGGUGGCAAUGUCAGUUGAACGAUUUGUUGCCGUGUGGUUUCCAUUUAAACUUGGACAAAGUUGGACAUUUAAAAAAUCCCUCAUUGCCGUUUUAGUUUUGGCACUGCCCCUCAUUGCCUUAUUUCUUCAUUUGUUCUGGAUUAUGAGAUUCGUUGACGACAAGGAACAAGGAAUGGUAUAUUGCGCUAUUCAUGAAGAAUAUAUAUAUUUCAUGAUGCAUGUGUGGUACUGGAUAAACGUGCUCAUGUACGCAGCUAUCCCUUGCACACUGCUGAUCUUGUUCAACAUUCUAAUCAUCGUGGGCAUUGUUAAAUCAAGAAAAGUUCAAAAGCGACUCAUUGGUAAGAAGGAUGACAACUCCAGCAUUGAUCGAUUACGUCAAGUGACAAUAAUGUUAGUCGCUGCAGCCAUUUCCUUGGUGGUGUUGACAACGCCCCGAUGUGUGAUGCUAAUUUUGACCCCCUAUUGGAAUCCUCCUGAAAGAACAAUGGAGGGCUCUGUCGAAUAUUUACUCGACACGAUUGCAUUUGUUUUGUGUGAUUUUAAUCAUGCAAUCAAUUUUUAUGUUUAUUCAAUGAGUGCAAAACGAUUUAGACGUCAGUUUCUUAAUUUACUGCCAUGCAGAAGGCAGCAAAUGACACCGACAGAAACACAAUACGUUUCUCUUUCAACACGACAGUCGUUGCGUAUGAACAGCCCAAGUAAGAAAUGAGAAAAGAAGGUAUGAACUGGACUUGGUUUAAUAUUCCAACAUAUACUGAAGUUUUUAUAAGAAGGCCUCCGGACCAAUAGAGUAAUUUGCACACAUUUUCAACAGUGACAUCGUUUCUCUUUUAUGGGAGGGGUAUUUCCUCUAUGUUUAUCAACAUUAACAUAUUCACGCAGUUAUCAUUUCUGUAUUCAAUUGAUGUUGUGCAAAGUGUUGAUGUAUACUAAGCUGUAUUUUGUUGAUCAUGUGUCGAAUACAUAUGUUAUCAAAAUGGUAUUCUGAAAAUAAACACUUCUGGUUACAUAUU